UUAUGUCUUUUGUGCUGAUCCAUCCUGGCAUGCUUGACAACGUUUGAAUAUCAGAGAGAUUUACUUCCCAAGAGCUCUCACAGGAAGUAGACAAAACCCUGCACUGACUCUUGUUACUGUAUGCAAAUGAGUAUGCAAAUGAAUAUGCAAAUGAGGUGUCUGUUGUUUAGAUUUAGAUCAGGGGUGUCAAACAUGCGGCCCGCGAGACGUUAUUUUGAGGCCUGCACUUUGAUAUGACAAUUUAAUGUUGGUGCGGCCCGCAAGUUUAAUAUGAACUGCGCUUGACAGCGUCAUACUUGUCAACGCACCCAAUUUUCCCAGGAGACCCUUGAAUUUCAGGCCAUCCAUUCUCUCGAAUUCCUGUAGGCUUUUACCCAAUCAACAAUAUUUCGGGGCGUGCCAUAAUGGCACUGCCUUUAGCGCCCUCCACGUCCUGUACAAACAGCGUGCAAGCCCAGUUAUAUGUUGCAUCUGGCCAUUUGAUUCGCACGUGUGAUAUUGCAAGACAUAUUUGAUCAACAGCUACACAGGUCACACUGAGGGUGGCCGUAAAAAAAUCCUUUAGCACUGUUACAAAUAUGCGCCACACUCUGAACCCACACCAAACAAGAAUGACAAGAAUGGGGACGGCGUGGCGCAGUGGAAGAGUGGCCGUGCGCAACCCGAGGGUCCCUGGUUCAAAUCCCACCUAGUACCAACCUCGUCACGUCCGUUGUGUCCUGAGCAAGACACUUCACCCUUGCUCCUGGUGGGUGCUGGUUGGCGCCUUGCAUGGCAGCUCCCUCCAUCAGUGUGUGAAUGUGUGUGUGAAUGGGUAAAUGUGGAAGUAGUGUCAAAGCGCUUUCAAUCAAUCAAUCAAUCAAUGUUUAUUUAUAUAGCCCCAAAUCACAAAUGUCUCAAAGGACUGCACAAAUCAUUACGACUACAACAUCCUCGGAAGAACCCACAAAAGGGCAAGGAAAACUCACACCCUGUGGGCAGGGAGAAUUCACAUCCAGUGGGACGCCAGUGACAAUGCUGACUAUGAGAAACCUUGGAGAGGACCUCAGAUGUGGGCAACCCCCCGCUCUAGGGGACCGAAAGCAAUGGAUGUCGAGCGGGUCCAACAUGAUACUGUGAAAGUUCAAUCCAUAGUGGCUCCAACACAGCCGCGAGAGUUCAGUUCAAAGCGGAUCCAAGACAGCAGCGAGAGUCCCGUCCACAGGAAACCAUCUCAAGCGGAGCCAGAUCAGCAGCGUAGAGAUGUCCCCAACCGAUACACAGGCGAGCGGUCCAUCCUGGGUCCCGACGAGCGGUCCAUCCUGGGUCUCGACUCUGGACAGCUAGUACUUCAUCCAUGGUCAUCGGACCGGACCCCCUCCACAAGGGAGGGGGGGACAUAGGAGAAAAAAGAAAAGAAGCGGCAGAUCAACUGGUCUAAAAAGGAGGUCUAUAUAAAGGCUAGAGUAUACAGAUGACUUUUAAGCACGCCUUGCGGGAUUAGGAAUCUCCAGGGGUGCCAUGUUGGCGACACAGAUAACAGACGCGGCACAGGAGGCCAAACAUGUCACAAAGAUCAAGGAGAGGCUGGCACAGUCGCUCAAAGCCCUGCAGAGACGCUACGUGACGUCGGAUGCAGUGGUCACCAGCGAGGACGCAGACGCCAACCUCCUCUGCUGCACCCUGGAGGCCGUCUUCAUCCACGGCAUCAAGAGCAAGUACAUCCGCUUGGAGGCCGGGGGCCGUGGCAGGAAGGGGAACCGAGGACCUCUCCCUCAGCCUUUCUUCUGGAGCCUCGUUAAGACCGUCACCCACCGUGACGUGAUCACCGAGCUGGAGAAGAUCAGUUUCGUGGGCACAGACGUGGGUCGCUGUCGCGCUUGGUUGCGUCUGGCUCUCAACCACGGCCUGCUGGAGUGUUACCUGGCCUCGCUGUUUCGGGAGAGCGCCAAGCUGCGGGCGCACUAUCAGCCCGGCGCCUUGCUGCUGGACGCGGAGGAGCGGGAGGUGCUGCUCAGCUACCUGCAGGGUCUGGCCUCGCUCCCGUUCAGCCUCUCGUACAAGUCGGCCGUGCUCAACGAGUGGACCACCACGCCUUUAUCCCUCGCCGGACUCUGCCCCCAGGCCCAGGGAGACUCCAACGGCACGGACCACCCCGUCUCCAAGCUCACGUGCAAAGACUCCUCGGAUACCGCGUCGCAGUCGUCAGGAUCGUCCGAUGCACCCGACGUGCAGAGGGUGCUGGUCAGCAGGGUCUCCGGCGGGUUCCAGGGGGGUACCAGAGGGCUCAACUCGUCCAGUUUGAGCCUCAACACCACAGGCUCCUCGCAGCUCUCGUCCAGCUUGAGCUCCGACAGCCUCCUCCAGGGCCAGGAAUCCCGCGCCCCUGCUGGAGAGCAGUGGUCCUCAUGUGACCUGGACUCCACCUUAAAUGGAACCAGCAGCACCAAGCCGCCCUUGAAAAAUUCGCUUCCUGAGCUCCAGGAGAACAGCAGUCAAGACUCUAUGCGCGAAGACUCCUUUGUCUCCAGCAACAAUCCUGACCACUUCUCAGACAUUGACCAGCCGCUGAGUUCCGUUCUCUCCGACACCGAGCCCCGCCAGGACCACGUCAACGCCCUCCCACGAGACCAGCUCCAGCAGCCUGAGGUCGCAGUGGUCCCUGUCCAGGAGAAGGAAGUCCAGGGCAGGUCGGAGUCUUCGAUGCAUUUGAGCUGUGGUCGUUCGCCGAGUGUCCUGAGCAGGAACUUGUCUUCAGAUUCCGUCACUCGUUCUCGCUCCUGGAUCUCUGAGGACGAUAUCUACAAGCCCCGAGUGGACGAGGAGUCCGACCACGAGGAAGCGCCUCCUGCUGCUGCCACCAAUUCCCAGUCGCCACCCAGUGUUGUGCAUCGUCGGCAAAUAGGCCUGUCCAACCCGUUCCGAGGCCUGCUGAAGCUGGGUCACCUGGAACGGCGCAGCGCCAUGGGGAUGUGGCGCGACCAUUACUGCGAGCUGUCGCCCUUCGAGUUCCGCCUUUACCUCAACGCCGAAGAGCGCACGUGUUGCGACAACUGCUCCCUGGUGCGCUGCGAGGACGCCCGCCUCGCCUCGCCCGACGGACGCUUCGAGUUGGCCUUCCCUGGCAAGCGGCUGCACCUGCGGGCGACGAACCGGGAUGAAGCGGAGGACUGGGUGGACCGGAUCCUAGAGGCCGUCAACAAGUACCGGCCCGUGUCCUGCGUGGACGAGCAGUGGGAGGUGUUGGAGAGCCCCAGUGAGAAUGGCGUGGAAGAUGACGCCGCCCGCUGCAGCCCAGAGCGAGGCUCCUCCUCCUCUGAUGCACGGACAUGUGGCAGGAAAGCCACGCCCCCUCCAGUUCAGGAAUUUCACUGGGCUCGCACAACGGAUUUGGAAACGGACGCCAUCAAGGAGGCUGUUCUUUAUUGUUCCGCAGACUCCGACGCUCGGACUUGGAUCCCGCUCGUCUUCUCGCUCUCCUUGGAGUCCUUGAAGGCUUUCCUCGUUGUAGAAGAAAGAAAGUUGCUUCGACAAAGCUUCCCCAUCGAGGAAGUGAGGGACGUGGUUCCCGACGUCUCGCUGGGCGGACCCAACUUCUUCAAAGUCCUGACGCUCAGAGAAACACUGCGCCUGAGGGCGGAGAACGCAGAGGAAGCGCGCUCCUGGAGGAUUUUCAUCCGCGGCGCUCUGGAUUCUUACCUGGAGAGCGGCGAAGACGGGGAGGCUGCGGUCGGCCAGAGCGGGGCGGGAAACCUCCACAGGCUGGUUCAGCACAGACUGAAAGAAGACGGCGCGCUGCUGGCCCACUUGUGCACCGUGCCCUCGCACAAGGGUCUGGACACGCAGAACUUCAGAUGUGCAGGCUGCUCGCAGCAGAUCGGCCCCUCGCUGGGCCGAGGACGCCUGUGCCACUUCUCCGGCCAGUACUACUGCGACUCCUGUCACCGCGGCGACACUAGCGUCAUCCCUUCACGCAUGGUGCACAACUGGGACCUCCACAAACGCCAGGUGUCAAGGAAGGCGCUGUGGCUGCUGGCUCAGGUGGAGCAGGAGCCUCUGCUCAACCUGGAUCAGCUCAAUCCACACUUGACCACGCACUCGGAGACCAUGGCGCGGGUCCACAGCCUGCGGCAGAGGCUGCGACUCCUGGGCGACUACGUGCUGGCCUGCCGCAGCGGAGCCUGCAAGACGCUCCAAGCCAGGAUGGAGCAGAGAACAUACCCGCUGGAGUCCUGCAGCCUGUACAGCGUGCUGGACCUGCGCCAGAUAGCAGAGGAUCAGUACACCACCUACCUGACCUCCAUGUGUCAGUUGGCCUGCAGCCACGUCUUCAGCUGUGACUUGUGCACGCAGCGAGGCUUCAUCUGCCAGGUGUGCCAUGCCGACGACAUCAUCUUCCCCUUCCAGUUUGACAGCACCGCCAGGUGCAAGGCGUGCAAGUCGGUGUUCCAUCAGGCCUGCAUGACGCCAGGCCGCUGCUGUCCUCGCUGUCUGAGAAUGAAGAAAUACUUGGACAGAGACCUGCAGGACUGAGGGAGGCCUCCAGAGGGCGCCAUAAAGAAAUACUUGGACAGAGACCUGCAGGACUGAGGGAGGCCACCAGAGGGCACCCAUGAAAAAUACUUGGACAGAGAACUGCCGGACUGAGGGAGGCCACCAGAGGGCGCCCAAGAAGAAAUACUUGGACAGAGACCUGCAGGACUAAGGAAAGCCACCAGAGGGCGCCCAUGAAGAAAUACUCGAACAGAGACCUGCAGGACUAAGGGAGGCCACAAGAGGGCGCCCUCAACCUUCUGCUCUGGACACGGCUGCCAAAGUGCAAUUACUGGAGUCAGGUGACACCACACAGGUAGACUCCUCCUAAUUUAUUGACCUCACUCCUCAUCACAGCUUCUUCUGUGCAUCUUUUUUCUUACCUUGUUGCCAUAGUAACCUAGCAACAAGGGGGCUAAGGGCUUUUCUGAGGACAGCAGUUGAAGUUAGUCGAAGAUCCAAAGUGCCUUCAACACACAUGUUAUCUCCUGACUUCUUCUCUUCUUGUCAUUGGUGCUGCAACUGAUGAUGUCAUGAUGAUGUCACCGCCUAAUUAACAUCCACGCCAUGGCAUUGUCCUCCUCAGUGGACAAACCAAUCAGGGCCCUGGGGGGGACAUCUGCCACGUGAUUUUUAAAUGUCAUUUUAUCUAGGCUGCCACAAUUAUUUGCCUCACCUGACAUUUUAUUUGAUGUGGCUGCCACUUUUUCAUGUGGCCUGCCAUGUUAUUUGAUGUGCUCUUUCAAUCAAUUUUCAGUGGCCCAUUAUGUCAUUUGAUGUGCUCUUCCACUUUAUUUGAAGUGGCCUGCCAUAUCAUUUGAUGUGUUCUUUCACUUUUUGAUGUGGCCUGCCAUGUCUUUUGACGUUGUCUUCCACGUUAUAUGAUGUGGCCUGCCAUGUCAUUUGACGUGGUCUUCCACUUUAUUUCAUGUGGCCCACCAUGUCAUUUGAUGUGGUCUUCCACUUUAUUUGAUGUGCCUGCCACUUUAUUUCAUGUGGCCCGCCAUGUCAUUUGAUGUAAUCUUCCACUUUAUUUCAUGUGGCCCACUAUGUCAUUUGACGUGGUCUAACACUUUCUGAUGUGCCUGCAACUUUAUUUCUUGUGGCCCGCCAAUCUUUUUAUGUGGUCUUCCACUUUAUUUCAUGUGGCCCGCUGUAUCGUUCGAAGUGGUCUGACACAUACUUUUAUGUACUCCGACACAUUAUUGAAGUCGCCUGCCAUGUCGUUUGAGAUGGUCCGCCACUUUAUUUUAGCCGGUCCGCCACAUCAUUUUACGGAGUCUGCCACUUCAUUUCACAUGGCCCACUCGGCAUACUUUCAUGUAGCCUGCUGCAUUCUUUUUUGUGGUCCGCCACAUCAUUUUGUGUAGCUGACACAUUAUGGUAGUCUGCCACAUCAUUUGAUGUCAUCUGCCACGUUAUUUAUGCUAGUCUGACCCAUCACUCAAUGUAGUCUGCCACAUCAUGUUUAACUGGCCCACCACUUCAUUAAAUGUAGCUGACACAUUAUUUUUAAAUGUCCCGCCACAUCAUUUUAUGUUGUCUGCCACAUAAUAAUAUUUCCAGUGGCCCGCCACAUCAUUUAAUGUAGCUUACACAUUAUUUUUAAAUGGUCCGCCACAUCAUUUCAAGUCGUCUGCCACAUAUUAAUAUUUCAAGUCGACCGCCACAUAAUAUUUCAAGUCGACCGCCACAUCAUCUUACUGGCAAAUUAUUUGAUGUAGUCUGCCACUUCAUUUUUAAAUGGCCCGCCACAUCAUUAAUGUGGUGUGCCACAUACUUGUAAGUGGUACGCCACGUUAUUUCAUGUAGUCUGCCACAUCAAUUUAAAUAGCCCACCACGUCAAUUUAAAUGGCUUGCCACUCAAUUUGAAUGGCCUGCCACUUCAUUUUUAAAUGGCCCACCACAUCAAUUUAAAUGGCUUGCCACAUCAAUUUAAAUGGCUUGCCACAUCAAUUUAAAUGGCCCGCCACAUCAAUUUAAAUGGCCCGCCACAUCAAUUUAAAUGGCUUGCCACACAAUUUAAAUGGCCUGCCACGUCAAUUUAAAUGACUUGCCACUUCAAUUUAAAUGGCCCGCCACGUCAAUUUAAAUGGCCCGCCACUUCAAUUUAAAUGGCUUGCCACAUCAAUUUAAAUGGCCCGCCACAUCAAUUUAAAUGGCCCGCCACAUCAAUUAAAUUGGCCCGCCACAUCAAUUUAAAUGGCUUGCCACAUCAAUUAAAGUGGCCCGCCACAUCAAUUUAAAUGGCUUGCCACAUCAAUUUAAAUGGCCCGCCACAUCAAUUUAAAUGGCUUCCCAUGUCAAUUUAAAUGGCCCGCCACAUCAAUUUAAAUGGCCCGCCACAUCAAUUUAAAUGGCCCGCCACAUCAAUUUAAAUGGCCCGCCACGUCAAUUUAAAUGGCCCGCCACAUCAAUUUAAAUGGCCCGCCACAUCAAUUUAAAUGGCCCCCCACAUCAAUUUAAAUGGCCCCACACAUCAAUUUAAAUGGCCUGCAACAUCAAUUUAAAUGGCCCGCCACAUCAAUUUAAAUGGCCCCCCACAUCAAUUUAAAUGGCCUGCAACAUCAAUUUAAAUGGCCCGCCACAUCAAUUUAAAUGGCUUGCCAAUCAAUUUAAAUGGCCCCCCACAUCAAUUUAAAUGGCCUGCAACAUCAAUUUAAAUGGCCCGCCACAUCAAUUUAAAUGGCCCGCCACUUCAAUUAAAGUGGCCCGCCACAUAAAGCAAUGUUUUGGAUACAUCUUUUUGUUCUGUCAAUGUUGUCAUGAAAACAUUGCAGGAAAUGUGAUAUUUCCUCCACAUGAAUAUUAUUCUAUCAAGCAACAAGAUGUCCAAACAUUUUUCUUUCUUUUGUUUAUCAAAGAAAUAUAAAUAUUUGCUUGUUGCUUGGACUUAUGAUUGCUGAGAUAUCAUCAAUCUCACAGUGCUGAUGUACUUUGUGAAUAUGCAUUUAUAUUCAUACUCGGGUUGUCUACAUACCCAUAUUUUGGUACCGGAACCAAAAUGUAUUUCCAUACUUUUCUAAAUAAAGGGGAGCACCAAAAAUGUCA